AUGGGCUCGAGAGGAGAAUAUUCUGUGCCACAGGAGGCGGAGGCGGUUUUCCAACACGGCAUUCUGAACAACCCCUUGAUGAAGGAUCUUCCCGGUGACCUCAAAUAUCUCAGCCAACAUGUCAAAUUCGAGGGCUCAAGCAAGCCGAGCGUUCCAAUCAAUUGGCGCUUCGCCGAAAGCAUCUCGGCUCUGAAGGCCUUGGAGGCAACCAUGCUCAACCGGCUGAUUCUCAAAAAGUACAACACAGAGCCAACGGAUGUCACCAUCAACACUGACCAUGCAAGCUUGUUCUACUUUUCGCCUCUCAUUGCUCAGCUCAUCGGGAAGGAUGGCAAGUUCACGCCCAUGGCGCUUAUGAACUUUGUGCCCGAGGCCAUGAAGAUGUUCCCGGAAACAGAUAAGCAUAGGACCGCCGCAAGCUUGCAUCGUGCCCUGGUGACGAACAUUCACAAGACGAAGGAUGGACGGUAUUACCAACUUCACGGCGGCAUAAACCCCGACCCCAUCCUCAAAGCUCUGGGUUUGCCCGAAGAUGGUCCAGCGGAUGACACCUAUGAAUCAGUCUUUGAGAGAACCCAAAAGGUCAUCGCCGAAAUGGACUCCAAAGACCUGGACACUCUACUUAACGACAAGGCCCGACAAUCUGGCACGGUCGCGUGGUCGUCUGACGAGUACUUUGCAAGCGAGCACGGCAAAGCAAACAGCAACGUCGGGCUCUACGAGAUCGCAAAAGCUGAAGGCUCUACGCAGCCCGCGUCUUGGUGGCCCGAAAACUCGAGCCUGCCCUCGUCGGCCAAGAGGCCCCUUGCCGGCCUCAAGAUCGUGGACCUGACCCGAAUCAUCGCCGCACCGCUCAUCUCACGCGAUCUAGCGGAGAUGGGCGCGAGCGUUAUGCGUGUCACCUCGGAUAAGAUUACGGACAUGUCGUCUCUACACCAGGAUCUCAACUGGGGCAAGUGGAAUUGUCAUUUGGAUCUUACAAAGGAUGAAGACAAGGAUAAGCUGAGGGCGUUGAUCAGGGAUGCUGAUGUCGUUGUUGAUGGAUACCGCCCUGGCGCCAUGGAGAAGCAUGGUUUCGGCCGCAAGGAGGUUCUGGAGCUGGUGAAGGAUCGCCAGCGUGGAAUCAUCCACGUCCGUGAGAAUUGUUACGGAUGGCAUGGACCCUGGCAGGGGCGUGGUGGAUGGCAGCAAAUCAGUGACGCUGUGAGUGACAAAUUUCCAAAGAGGAUUUUUGGAUAUUUGACUAACAAGUGA